GAUGUGGUUAGGGUGACACACACAGUCAGCUGAGGCUUGUUCCUCACGCUUGGUCAUUGCCGCAUCCCCAAUCUUUACAAAACCCUCGUCCAUCUGACCAAGGCUCAGACUCUCGCUCUCUGUUCACCCGACAUUGGGCACCUCCCUCCAGGCUCCCUCUGCUUCCUCCUGAUCUCCAGCUGGACAUCGGUGGAGUCUUUGUGGAGACGGCGGACAUCGCCAACAACAGCCGUCCACCCAUAGUUGUCCCGACUGGACAAGAGACCGACGUUGGUGCAACUGGAGACACCUGUAGACCAGAUGCUGCCUGACCCACUGAGUUCCUCCAACACUUUGCAUUUUGCUCAGGAUUCCAGCAUCUCCCGUGUUGUGUCUGGUGAACCGUUGCUGUGUACCACUCCAAAGCUGAUCCAUCUUUUCCCAGCAGGAGGAUCAUCGUGAUUGCCCUUUCUUUCCGAUAAAGGGAACGACAAGCAGAUUGGAUUAUUGUUCGUGAUAAACUCAUUGUAUAAAAGAGGCAGCUCAGGUCUAGUCAGCAACAGUAACAAGAUGGCAAAGCUACUUCUUGGAACAGCGGUGGUCUUACUGGCCUGCCUGCAACUGGGCUCUGCCUACAGGCUGGUGUGUUACUUCACCAACUGGGCGCAGUACAGACCAGGAGAGGGUAAAUACAAUGUCCAGAGCGUGGACCCUUGCCUCUGCACGCACAUCAUCUACGCCUUCGCUGGAAUGAAGAGCAAUGAGAUCGCCACCUACGAAUGGAACGACCCAAAACUCUACGGGGAGGUCAACAGCCUGAAGAACAAGAAUGCAAACCUCAAGACUCUGCUGUCCGUUGGAGGCUGGAACUUUGGCACCCAGAAAUUCACCGCGAUGGUCGCCUCAUCAGGAACUCGGCAAAUCUUCAUCAAGUCAGUCAUCGCCUUCCUGAGAGGAUACGGCUUUGACGGUCUGGACAUCGACUGGGAAUAUCCUGGAUCUCGAGGAAGUCCUCCCGUUGACAAGCAUCUCUACACUAUCCUGGUUCAGGAGCUGAUGGCUGCCUUUGAGGCCGAAGGGAAAAGCACAGGAAAGCCACGACUGCUGCUCUCGGCUUCCGUUGCUGGUGGGAAGAACAACAUCGAUACUGGCUACGAGGUUCCUCAGCUCAGCAAGGUAAUUGACUUCUUCAACGUGAUGACCUACGAUUUCUAUGGUCCCUGGAGCCACGUUACUGGAGAGAACAGCCCCCUCUAUCCCCUGCCUAAUAACCAGGAUUCCACCAACCUCUACUUCAAUGUGGAAUACGCCAUGAACUACUGGAAGGGCAAAGGGGCUCCAGUGGAGAAGUUGAAUGUGGGCUUCCCCACCUACGGACACACAUUCAGACUGACCUCGUCCAGCACGGCCGUGGGUGCCCCAGCAGGAGGCGCUGGUCCAGCCGGCACAUACACCCGCACAGCCGGCUUCCUGGCCUACUAUGAGAUCUGCGGGUUCCUGAACGGUGCCACCAGCGAAUGGAACGCCCCACAAGACACCCCGUACGCCUUCAAGAAGGGAAUAUGGGUCGGCUAUGACAACGUCAAGAGCUUCGGAGACAAGGUUGAGUGGCUGAAGAAGAACAACUUUGGAGGAGCUAUGGUCUGGGAUCUGGCUCUGGAUGACUUCUCUGGUGCCUUCUGUCACCAGGGACCCUACCCCCUCAUCAACAGUCUGCACUCUGGCCUUGGUAUCUCUGGAGCUUGCGUCCCAUCCAAGACCACAUUGAAGCCGGCGGUCCCACCUACUGAUGCUCCUAGUGGUGGUGGAGGCGGUGGCAGCAGCGGUGGUGGAGGCAGUGGCGGUGGAGGCAGUGGCUUCUGUAAGGGCAAAGCGAACGGUACCUUCCCCGAUCCCAAGGACAAGAACAAGUUCUACCAGUGCGCCAAUGGUCGGACCUACCUGCAGAGCUGUGCCACUGGAUUAGUCUUCGAUUUAUCCUGUAAAUGUUGCAACUGGCCUUAAUGGCAGAAGAUUGCGCUCGACAAACAACUGGGAACUUCCACCACCGAUCGAUUGUCCAUCACAAAGAUAAUUGUUGCUGUUAAAACAAUAAAUAAAGUCAUAAUUUCAAGCA